AUGCCACAAUCCUUUACAUCCAUCGUGAAAGUUGGUGAUUAUAUCCUCAAAUCUCCAGUCUUAUCUAAACUUUGUAUUCCAGUUGCCAACAAAUUUGUCAAUUUAUCUGGUUACAGAAAGUUAGGUUUAAGAUAUAAUGAUCUAUUCUCUGAAGAAAAUCCAAUCCUGCAAACUGCGUUAAGGAGAUUGCCAGAAGAUGAAUCUUAUAGCAGAAAUUAUAGAAUUAUUAGAGCUCACCAACAAGAGUUAACACAUCAUCUAUUACCAAGAAAUGAAUGGAUUAAGGCCAAAGAUGAUGUUAACUAUCUGUUACCUUACAUUUUAGAGGCUGAAGCUGAAGCUAUAGAAAAGGAUCAAUUAGAUCAUUUGGAAAUUAAGAAGAACUGA